UGCGGCGACGGAUUACGUGACGGCGGCAUGCUAUCCCCCGGGACCUCAGCUCACCCUGACCGCCUCUCACCCUCAGCCCCACGUCGUUGAUCCCGCGAUGACGCCCACCUCGGCGCCGGUACCGACCCCGACCACGGCGUCGGGACCCAACAACCCGGUCGCCAUGAGCCAACUGGGAACCGUCUAUGCCACCAAGAGGCGACGCCGGAACGGAAAAAGCUUGAAACCACCGCAGAAGGAUGGGGUGACAAAAUCGAAUCCCAGCAAGCGACAUCGGGAGCGAUUGAACGCCGAGUUGGACACUUUGGCCUCGUUGCUCCCGUUCGAGCAAAAUAUCCUCAGCAAGCUGGACAGACUCAGCAUCCUCAGACUCAGCGUCAGCUACCUUCGGACGAAGAGCUAUUUUCAAGUGGUGAUGCACAAAGACAAGGAAGAAAAUUCGCACCACGAUUCUCACUAUCGGGCGAGGGAGUUGGCGGCGUUCGCCGCAUACGACCAUCAUCAUCUCGACGGCGAAAUGUUCCUGCAGGCGCUAAACGGGUUCCUGCUGAUACUCACCUGCGACGGGGAAGUGUUCUUCGCCACCCACAGCAUAGAAAGUUACCUUGGUUUCCAUCAGUCCGACAUCGUCCAUCAAAGCGUAUACGAGCUGGUGCACAGCGAGGAUCGAGAGGAGUUGCAAAGGCAGCUUAUGUGGAACUCGUUUCUUCCCAGUGAAAGUGCAAGUCUCCCUUUGCACGACGCCCUUUCACCCCAACACAGUCACCUUUUGGAGCGAAGCUUCACUGUCCGCUUCCGGUGUCUUCUGGACAACACGUCCGGUUUUUUGCGUUUGGACAUCAGGGGACGAGUGAAGAUACUCCACGGUCAAAACAGGAAAACGGAGGAGCCACCGUUGGCACUGUUCGCCCUGUGCACACCGUUCGGCCCGCCCUCGUUGCUCGAAGUCCCGCAGAAGGACGUGAUGUUCAAGAGCAAGCACAAACUGGAUCUCGCGCUCGUGUCCAUGGAUCAACGGGGGAAAAUGUUGUUGGGCUAUUCGGACGCCGAACUGGCAAACCUUGGCGGCUACGAUCUAGUCCAUUACGACGAUUUGGCAUACGUGGCGAGUGCCCACCAAGAACUGUUGAAGACGGGGGCCUCGGGGAUGAUAGCGUACAGAUUCCAAAAGAAAGAUGGCGGAUGGCAGUGGCUGCAGACCAGCUCCAGGCUAGUCUACAAGAACUCUAAACCCGACUUCGUAAUCAGCACGCAUCGUCCCCUCAUGGAGGAAGAGGGCAGAGAUCUCCUCGGCAAACGAACGAUGGACUUCAAGGUCAGUUAUCUGGACGCAGGUCUCACCAACAGUUACUUUUCGGACAGCGACAGCCUCACCGGUUCGGUGAUGACUCCGACCCUCCCCAGCCAACCCACGUCCCAGAGAGUGAACAGGCGGUACAAAACCCAACUGAGAGACUUCCUGUCCACCUGUCGGAACAAACGUACCAAACUGUCCGCGCAAUCGUCCGUCUCCCCGCCCGCCACACCCACCGUCGCAUCCGUCGACUACCUCGCCGCCGAUACCAGCGCCGCCGCCGCGGUCGCGGCGGCAUACAGCAACCUGAACACGAUGUAUCCGACCGCUUACGCGCCCACGGCAGUAGCCGCGACCACGGAUCCCUCCUUGACCACGUACAUCGGCCACACGGGCAACUAUCAUCAGACGUUGUACCCUGCAACCGCGUUGGACAACAGAUACCUGACCGCAGCUACGGAGAACCUGUUCCAAUACAGGCCCCUGGGCACGUACUACCCCGAGUACCACACGAGCACGGCGUACAACGGCUUCAUCGACGUCCCCCUGCCUACGUACGAGACCCACCAACUGGCCAGCAAAGCCGAGGAGAAGCUCUACUGCCAGCAAUUGGGCGAGUCGCCCAAGUACAGCUACGUGGAGGCGAGACACCCGAGCAGCGUGAGCGGCUCUCCCUACGCGUCUAGCCCCGUUGCUGCGACCGCCUCGACCGCCAUGCAGCAGCAGCAGCAACAACAACAACAGCAACAACAGCAACAGCAACAACAGCACACCGCCGACAUCGGCAUCGUUCGAGCGGGCAGCAGACACUCCCUCGAGGGUGGGGCAGGCUCGUCGAGCAAUUCCGCUGGAAGCUCGCCGGUCACGGGUGCUACGAACGGCGUGCUGACCCCGAAAAUAGAGGACGUGAAGCCGGAAGUGUACGGGGGCGAAGCGCCCCGGCAAACCGUGCUCAUGUGGGGGGCGCCACCCGCUCGCACGCCGCCCAGGAACAACGGCAGCUACAGCCCACCCACGCCUCACUCCACUCACUCGUCCACCCACUCGACCAACGCCACGGGGGGCGGGGGGGAUCCCCUCAAGUCGUUGGCGGAAAUGAACUCGAUGAACGGGGAGUGCAAGUGGCGGCAGGCGUCGCCCGGCGAGCAACAGGGCGCGGCGCCCAGCUCGCCCAGGGCCAAGGCGCAGCCGCAGCAGCAACACCAACAACACCAUCAGCAACAGCAGCAACACCAACAGUACCAACCGGUGACCACGUCUCAGUAUCAAGCGGCGGCGGCUGCAGCUGCAGCGGCCGCGGCCGCGGCGGCGAGCACUAUCGGAUACGCGCACUCGCAUCCAGGCCACGGCCACGGGGAUACGGGCUCCGAGCACGCCCCCGUCAGCUGUGGGAACAACGGGGACAGGAGUCGGCAUGGGCAUCGGGCAGGACAGCAGCACCAGCAACAGCAACGUCUUGUACCACCCCCCGCACCACCACCACCACCACCACCCUCAGCACCAACACGCGGUGGGAUCAUCAGCGGCGGGAAUGGGCCCAACUGUCCCUCAGAUUCCAAACCGGACACCGGGAGUCCUUUGCUGUCCAUCUCUGAGGUGACUAACACCCUGCUCAACCAAUAGCCUCCUCGUCACCUCGGCGUCGCUCCGUUUCAGUGAUCAAGGUAUCUCUCAGGAGAUGGUUUCACCGAGGCGAAUCACAAAGCGCGUGACUGUACCAUACAGAUAAUACCAGGUUAAAAGCCUGUCAAAGAGUGUUUCCCCGCGUAACGUAACGUAACGUAACUCGUUACAGUUUGCCACGACGUGUUGUUAAGUUUUCACGAGAGGAGGUUAUCCUCGGGUCGAAUCGUCGUCGUCGGGAAGAAUUUCGAGUCGAUCGCUACGUGAUCGAAUCGUGAAAUCGCGAAAUCGAAAGGCGAUGGUAUUUCUCUGUGCGCGCUGCAUUCGAAACGAGCGGGGGAACCGGUGGAGAUCGGUGGAGGAUCCACGAUCCACGUUUCGAACCGUUCGCGUGGCAAGUUUUCCGCUGAUGGAGAAUGAUUGAUAGAGAAUUUCUGCGAGCCGAACGAUCGUAUGUAAUUUAAAAGGUACGUUCGUAAUUAUGAUAUCGAUAUUGGGUUCGGAUUCGCGAAUGAACGAUAGAGAUAGUGGAGCGUGGCUAGAGAGCGUUUCCUCGGUCGCGACCGAUUUUUCGUAACGUAACUUCCUGCUGUUUCGCGUGUAAUUAUACGGAACAAAAGUGGUCCCCUCCUGCCUUCCACUGUGAAAAAUUUUUCUCACAGAGAUACGAGAAUUCCGAAUGCAGUUCCUUGGUCCGGGUGAACGGCGAUAGCCACGCUUCUUAACCUUCGUAAAGAUUUGCAUAGAUUGUAUUUCGUCGAGGAGCACAAAAAUAUAUGGAAAUGAUCGCCUCGAUCGAGCCUAAUAUAAAAAGGAGAAACGCAACAUUUAAAACGCGGAAUUUAGUUUUUUUUUUUUUUAUUAGGCCUAAUAUAUCGUGUGCCGUUACGUACCGUCGUUGC